AAAGGUACAUUUUUCCACUGCAGGGGAAGAGAUGCUAGAAGCGCAGGAGAAUGGCCUGGUUGACCUACCAGAUUAUGAACAUACAGAAGAUGAAAUGUUCCCUCCUUUCCCCGCUCCGGCCUCUCCAGAGAGACGAGGUGAAGAGGCAGAGCGUGAGGAAGCAUCAGGGAGUGGAGUACCUGUUCCUGUACCUCCAAAGAGAACAGUUAAAAGGAACAUGCCCAAGCUGGAUGCUCAGAGGUUAAUUUCUGAGAGAGGGCUUCCAGCCUUAAGGCAUGUGUUUGAUAAGACAAAAUUCAAGGGUAAAGGUCAUGAGGCUGAGGACUUGAAGACGCUCAUCAGACACAUGGAGCACUGGGCGCACAGACUGUUCCCCAGACUGCAAUUUGAAGAUUUUAUUGACAGAGUUGAAUAUCUGGGAAAUAAAAAGGAAGUUCAGACCUGUCUAAAACGAAUUCGACAUGAUCUCCCUAUUUUGCAUGAUGAUUUUGUUGGCAGUAACGAAGAAGUAGGGGAAAAUAAUGGCCAUGAUGUAACUGCUACUGAAUUUGAUCCCUUUUUCACAAACUCGUCUGAAAGGGAGACGUUUGUUUCUGACCCAAGUAGAACGCUAACAGAUGAACAACAACAGAGAAUUGAGAGAAAUAAACAACUGGCCUUGGAAAGAAGGCAGGCGAAGCUGCUGAGUAAUAGUCAAUCCUUAGGAAAUGACACUGUGAUGAACACAUCCAGGAUCCCGAUCAUUGAAGACAUUGAUACUGCUGAGGAUCAAGAGGAGGAGGCCUCUGGAGCGAGCACAGGCGUCUCAGACGGGCCGCACGCCUGCGCUGUGGCCGAGGAGGAAGGAAGCACCAAGGGACAAGAGGACGUGCUGUGGCUGGGCCAGUCCUCUUAG